AAGGCAUUAUCAAAAUUUUACGUUUAAUUCUUGUCCCGUUCAGAAAGAGGCAACUCCAAAAUGUCUUCGGUGCUGCAUCUACUUGGUUUUCUGUGGCUUCCUUUGCUGGUUUACAGUGACUCCAAUGAUAUAGGGGGAUUGCAGAAAUGUACAGAGCUUCUAAACACGCAAAAGUUGGUCUACUGUUGCGGAAAGUCCUUUCUUGAUAAGUUCCUAUUCGUUGGCAGCAAUUGCACACCGUAUUGGGAUGACUAUGGUCCUUGCCGCUAUGAAUGUCUGUAUAGGCACUGGGAACUACUGGAUCAGUAUAACCAGAUCAAGAAACCGGAGCUCUACAUGAUGAUCACAAGCCUGUACAGUCCCUUGAAUGGUUACGAUAAAUACGGAGCCGCUCUGAAGGCAGCCCACGAGACUUGCGAAGCCCUGGGCUCAAGGCACGCUGACUUUUUGCUGCUGUACUCCAACCAGGUGUCGGAUAGGAUGGGCAUGGCUUCCUCCACCUGUUUGCCAUACGCCAUGCUCCAUGCCCAGUGUACCACGGUGUACCUAACCGCGAACUGCCCCCUUGAAAACUGGAUGGAGGAUUCCACGUGCAACAGUCUCCAGAAACUGUUGUCCAGUUGCACAAAGAAACUGGACGAAAAAACGAACGUACUAAAGGGAAAAGAGGAUGGACUACCGGACAAAGGCUGUAGGCCUAUAGGUUCAGAGGGACUCCAUCUGCUCCUGGCCAGUUUUCUAACCCUGAUGGUCUCAAUGCUCUUAUCGGCUUAGUAACUGGGGAUCUGUGUACUAGGGAUUACCUAUAUGUAUCUGUCUGGUUUUCCAGUUCUACAACGCUAAAACGAUUGCAUUUAAGCUGAUGAGCUAGUUUAAUGGCAAUUGUCUGGCUUAAGCCGAGCCCCCGAUCGAACAUAAUGUUGGACUUUGAGCCGCUAUAAGUCCACUACAAUGACUGCACAUUUUCGCUCACAAGACCGUCACCGGAAAGAGUUUUAGCUGU